UUCACCAUCAGCUUUUGAGAAAUGCAACCACACUUUUGACAAUUUCACUCUCUCCACUAUGAUUGUCAAUCACUCAGAGCACCGACUGUGCGGUCAGCGGUGGUGUGCUGAAUGCAAGAUUCGCGCUUGAGGUACUUGUUGUUUCUCUCAGUGAAAAAUUUUGAGGUCACAUUAACUUAUGGCGAAAAGAGGCUGCCUGGCUGGGAGAAAAAUCAUGAUGUCGCCGUCUUGUCGCUGCAGUCGUGCGAGAGUUAAAUUUCUGUGAUCAAUCCACUCUCUUUGAAUUAUGAGAAAUAAAAGGCUCAAAACAUGCAUCGCAUAUUUAACCGAUGGAAACUGAGAAAUACAUCGCUAAAGACCUCAUUUUACAUCACAUAAGGCGAUGCGAUACCAGAUAUUUUGGACCCUGACGUUCGCAUAGGACAGACAGACAGACAGCCUUUGAUUGAAGCUAGCCUGUGGAAGCUCCUCGAUGCUCGAUCCUCUCUCUUUAAUGCGCUCCUUAAUAUGGCGGCAUGAGAACAACUCCUGGGUCGCUUUUGAUGUUUUGACGAGGGAGGGCCUAAGAACGUUGAAAUUAAGAGACUUGAGAUGAGCCCUAAGUGUUCACCCUGGCUUGCCUGUGUGUAAGUUAAUUAUGGCAUCCCACAGGUCGUGUACAUUUCUUGCAGCAAUAUCGUUAGAAAAUACUUAUUUUCCAUUAUGUAGAAGAUAUUUAUCAAUUAAUGUCAAAGGUAAUCUUUUGUGCUGGUGGAACGGUUAAUCAUGGUGUCCCUCAGGGCUAUCAAUGCUUUUCUUGGUGUUUUCUAUGUUUCCAUGUCUUCUAUUAUGUAGAUGACCUGUAACUUUAUUAGUAAAUGAAUUUUAUUGUUCAACCAGGCUGUUUGUGCAAAAUCAUGGUACUGUAUUCUACAGGUGUGUGUGCUUGCUUUGAGUAAUAUCAUAAGACUCUGUCUAUUGUUUUGCAGAUGACCCACAACUUCAUAAAAUUUACUGACUACCCUGUCCACUGGUGUACAAGUCAAUUAUGGCAUCCCACUUUGAUGUCAAUCUGAAUUCCCCCAACAAGGGUCUGCCUGUGGAACAUUCCGGGAGCCUGGUCGAUUUUCCGGCAGAGGGCGUGCUGGAGAACUCCGGCAGCCCCCUGCCAGCAGGCCUGACAGAGGAGGAAGCUGAGGAGCUUCGCAACGAGGUUACCAAGGUGGAGGAGGAGAUCAGCACCCUGCGCCAGGUUCUGGCCGCCAAGGAGAGACAUGCCACAGAGCUUAAGAGGAAACUGGGCCUCAGCCCUCUCAAUGAGCUCAAGCAGAAUCUCAUCAAGAGCUGGCAGGAUGUCCAGACCUCCAACGCGAAUCUCUAUAAUUCAUUGGCUGGACUCGUGUACUUCUGAAACAGAGGCUCUCCACUCUUCGCUCAUUAGCUUAGCCACAGGUAUGUGUGUAAUUACAAAUAUAUCUG